AUGGAACAGACAGCAGCAGCAUCGGGUGCCGAAGCCCAUCAGAUUCGCUCUCAGACAACUCUAUCGCCUCUGAGCAAUGGACCACCAGAGUGGCAAUCGUUCCUGUCCGCAGAGAAUAAUGGCUCUGGAUCUGUGCCUGGACCAGCACCUGCAGCUGCACCUGGUCAUGGUUCGACCUCAACGCCGACUUCGUCCUCUGGCCAUCAAUGUCGCAUAUGUCACAGGACAUACGAAAGGGCAGACCACCUCAAUCGGCACUUGAAAUCCCACGAGAAUGCCCGUCCUUAUCAGUGCAGCCAAUGCCAGAAGAGCUUCAACCGAGUUGACCUCCUCAAUCGUCACGUGUCCACUCAUGAGAGACCUACUAAUGGAGGCAAGCCGAUCAUACGAAGAACGGAUCGAGCUGGGCAAGCAUGUAUUGCUUGUGCGGCAGCUAAAGCUAGGUGCGGUGACGAGAAACCAUGUCGACGAUGCCAGACCAAAGGAAUCGCUUGUGAGACUCAAAACUCUACUCAUAAUACCCAACACUCCCAAACCCAUCCUUCGUCUUCGAGGCAAGCAUCAAUACCUAGUUCUCGCAUAACACAUGUGACGAAUCCAAGUCGAGAAUCAAAUGGAGCGGAUGCUGUUGUACAGUCGGAGCACCUGGGUACCCUUCCCUACCCCCCAGCACCUAACUUGUACGACAUUCAAACCACUCAGCGGAACUUGGACCACGGCUUUGGACCAGCAGGUCAACCAUACGGAGUCGGACCUUUGGACGGCAAUAUUUCUGAUCCACAUCUAGAUUUUAUGACAGACGAGAUGCUCUUCUUUUCGAGUGCCGCCGAUUUCAACAAUCAAAACUUGGACUUUGGUUUCCUUGACUUUAACUUUGACGAGGUGCAUUUGGACAUGACCAAUUAUCACAAAGAUGGCCCCGGGAGUGACCAAAAUACGACCCAAUCAAAGAGAAAGGUGUCGAGGUCGUUGCCUAGAGAUGCCUCUCAAGUGCAUGCAGCGUUUACUCGCUCCCCAUGGCUCUGGACACCGGCUCAAAAGGAUCGGCUUUUGAUUGAUCAAGAUAAUCUCGCUGUCGAUGAGGAAAAUAUAUCCACCACUCUGACUCCUGGGUCAACAGGAUCGUUGCCUGGAUAUCAAAACUACGAGUCCCCAACGAUCGAUGCCCGUUUGCGCGAUCGGAUGUUCUACUUGGUCUGUAAUUUGAAUAAGUUCACUCAGGGAGUGCCAGACUUUCCAUCUCUGGAAAUCUUGAACCACGUCAUCAAAGCAUUUUUCGUCAAGCAAAGCUACCAAGUUGACACGUGGAUCCAUGUGCCUACUUUGUCAGCAGCGGACUCUCAUCCUGAAUUUCUACUUGGGCUCGUCUCUGCUGGCUCCACGGUUAUUUCGGUGCCGGCAAUAUGGAAGAUGGGUUUAGUCCUUCAAGAUGUGGUUCGAAUAACCAUUGGAGAUUUAUGGGAGAAGAAAAACAGUAACACCAGAUCAUUACAGCCUCUGCAAGCAUUCAUGCUGUGUCUGGAUACCGGUUUGUGGAGCGGCUUCCAGAGGCAAAUGGAAAUAGCCGAGAGUUUCGCGCAACCUUUAGUUACGAUGAUGCGACGUGGUGGUAUUCUGAGCCCCCCUCUUGACACCCAUGCUUUAGUCCCGAGAGAAACGGACGAGGGACAGGUCCUCGAGGUGAAAUGGAGAAAAUGGUGUCAACGAGAGUCGUUCAAGAGGCUUGUAAUUCAUCUGUUCUUACAUGAUACUCGUGCUUCGGUAGCAUUGCAGAAAGGAGCACUCAUUUCGUUCAGCGAACUGUCGUUCUCUCUUCCAGCAUCUCGAGCAUUAUUCCUGGCCAAUUCGGCUGCAGAAUGGAAAGCAAAAUAUCUGGAGCAUAGGACUCCUAUGUGGCGUGCUCCUCCUCGACUUCUAGAUGCUCUACACGACCUCACAGUUCUAGACGAUCUCCAAGAUGAGUGUGACAUCAGUCUCUGUUACAUGGCAUUGGUCCACGGGUUUUGGGGUCAGGUUUGGGCCUAUUUGGAAGGUUGCAAAUUCCACCUUGUUGGGCAUAAUCCGGACUCUGCACAUCAGCUAUGGCUUACAACCCAGCACAGAGAGCUUUGUCGCGAUAUUGAGAAUUUUAAAUUGAAUCUAGCGAGGGUUCCAAAGAACUCCCCAGACCUUGUACUAACAGUGGAGCUGUUUCUGAUGAUCCUCUAUGUCUCACCAGAGGAGCUCCAACGGUUUGCAGGAAAAGGCGGCGAAGAAGCCGCCGUUCAGGUCGUUCCAUUGCUAGAGCAGUGGGCAUCAACGGCACAUGCGAGAAAGGCAGUCUGGCAUGCAGGCCAAGUCUUCCGCGCAGCAGUACAGAUGCCACCCGCUGGAUUACGAGACUUUCUCGCAAUUGCCGUAUAUUUUGCAAGCCUUACGAUAUGGACUUACAGUCAUUUGUGUCCGUCCAGCUCAAGAAAUGGUUCUGAAAGGCCGAAAUCUCGGCUAUCACACUUACAAGACACAAGUUCGGUCGCCAUUAUCGAUGGUGAAGAAACCCGCGAAACACGAGCCUUCCUAUCAGGUCACUUAGACAGUACAGCUCUGACAUUGAUCAAAUCUGUGGAGCCCAUUAUUGAGGGUUUCGGUGGAAGUAAUGCCACCAUAAUCAAGCUUGCAGAUCCUAAUGCCGCUCUAAAAAUCGCUCGGGACAUCUAUCGAAGCAAUUUUCCUGUCAUGGACGGGCCGCUACCUCCACUGGUCGAAAAUAUGGGCAAUUUAAUGAGAGAUCUAAAUAGCCUACCAGACAGUCGGUUCUCGAGAUGUGGUAGUCCAGCUGACAGAUGA